UAUAAUCCUCCUAAUUAUGAGGAACCUUCUCUGGACCAAUCACAGAUUGUUACCGCAAGUACAAGUCGGAAAAGUAUUAAAAGGUUUCAUUGUGGUAAAGAAUCCACAAACAGCUCAGGACUUUCUACACACCGAAGACGUCACAAAGGAGAGAAAAUGUAUUCAUGUUCAGAAUGUGAGAAAUGUUUCACAAGGAAAUCAAAUCUUGUUAAACAUGAGAGAAUUCACACUGGGGAAAAGCCGUAUUCAUGUUCAGAAUGUGGCAAAUGUUUUACAGAGAAAUCACAUCUUGUUAGACAUGAGAGAAGUCACACAGGAGAGAAACCAUAUUCAUGUUCAGAAUGUGGGAAAUGUUUUACACAUAAAUGCAAUCUUGUUACACAUGAGAGAAGUCACACUGGGGAAAAGCCGUAUUCAUGUUCAGAAUGUGGGAAAUGUUUUACACAGAAAUUCAAUCUUGUUACACAUGAGAGAAGUCACACUGGGGAAAAGCCGUAUUCAUGUUCAGAAUGUGGGAAAUGUUUUAUAGAGAAAUCAUAUCUUGUUAGACAUGAGAGAAGUCACACAGGAGAGAAACCAUAUUCAUGUUCAGAAUGUGGGAAAUGUUUUACAUAUAAAUACAAUCUUGUUACACAUAAGAGAAGUCACACUGUGGAAAAGCCGUAUUCAUGUUCAGAAUGUGGGAAAUGUUUUACACGGAAAUCAAUUCUCGUUAUACAUGAGAGAUGUCACACAGGAGAGAAACCAUAUUCGUGUUCAAAAUGUGGUAAAUGCUUUACCCAGAAAGUAAAUCUUGUUAUACAUGAGAGAAGUCACACAGGAGAGAAGCUAUAUUCGUGUUCAGAAUGUGGGAAAUGUUUUACACAGAAAUCAAAUCUUGUUACCCAUCAGAGAUGUCACACAGGAGAGAAAGCAUAUACAUGUUCAGAAUGUGGGAAAUGUUUUAGACACAAAUCACAUCUUGUUAAACAUGAGAUAAUUCACACUGGGGAAAAGCCGUAUUCAUGUUCAGAAUGUGGGAAAUAUUUCACACGCAAAUCAAAUCUUGUCACACAUGAGAGAAGUCACACAGGAGAGAAAUCAUAUACAUGUUCAGAAUGUGGAAAAUGUUUUACAGAUAAAUCAAAUCUUGUUACACAUGAGAGAAUUCACACUGGGGAAAAGCCGUAUUCAUGUUCAGAAUGUGGUAAAUGUUUUACAGCGAAAUCAAAUCUUGUUAAACAUGAGAGAAUUCACACUGGGGAAAAGCCAUAUUCAUGUUCAGAAUGUGGGAAAUGUUUUACAGAGAAACCACAUCUUGUUAUACAUGAGAGAAAACACACAGGAGUGAAACCAUAUUCAUGUUCAGAAUGUGGGAAAUGUUUUACAGAUAAAUCAGAUCUUGUUAAACAUGAGAGAUGUCACACAGGAGAGAAGCCAUAUUCAUGUUCAGAAUGUGGGAAAUUUUUUACACAGAAAUCAAAUCUUGUUAAACACCAGAAAUUUCAUACAGGAGAGAAACCGUAUUCAUGUUCAGAAUGUGGGAAAUGUUUUACAGAUAAAUCAGAUCUUGUUAAACAUGAGAGAUGUCACACAGGAGAGAAGCCAUAUUCGUGUUUAGAAUGUGGGAAACUUUUUUCAGAUAAAUCAAAUCUUCUAAAACAUAAUAAGAAUCACACAUGAGAGAAGCAUAAUUCAGAAUGAGAAAAAUGUUUUUGUUUCUAAAUCCAUAAUUAGGGGUCAUUAGUGAAGUCACACAAGAGAGAAGCCAUAUGGCCACAAUAUAACGAAACAAUAUAUCACUUGGUCAUAGACAAUGUUUUCAUUUCAGGUUGUAUAUUUGGAUAUAAAAGCUUA